AUGACGUUGGAAUCGUACCUGACAGCGCCGGCUUUGGCUGCUACCGUGGCUGCUGUGGUCGCGGGGAACAUUAUCUGGGCUAUUCUCUCAAACGUCCUCACGUCACCGAUCCCUUCGUCUGUUCCAGGUCCGUUUUUCGCCCGCCUCACCAGCAAAUGGAUCCUUCUCGUCGACAUGUCGGGCCACCGCGCUCGCACCGUCGACGCGCUGCAUAAGAAAUACGGCCCCGUCGUGCGCCUGGCCCCGAACGAGCUAUCAUUUUCCUGUCGGGAGGCUAUCCAACCCAUCUACGGCACCAAAUCCACGUGCGUCAAGGGCCCGAUUUACGACUACUUUGGCAAACGCGGCCUGUUCCACAUGAAGGACGCCGCCGAGCACCGCGAGCGCCAAAGGCGCAUGUCUCACAUCUUCAGCGCGGGCUCGCUGCAGCAGAUAGAGCCCCUGGUCCAGGCCGUCAUUGACCGCACCGUGAGCGCCAUCGAAAAGACGUCCGGACAGGCCUGUGAUGCGCUGCAUUUCUGUCGGAUGAUGGCACUGGAUGUUGCUGGCGAGGUUCUGAUGGGCAAGUCGUUCGGUGCGUUUGACGGCCAGAAAAAUGCCCCUGUCUACGUUAAGCAUCUGGACAACACAUAUCCGGUGUGGUUUAUCCAGGGCAUUGCCCCGCUGCUGUAUCAACUCCUGACGAUACCGCCCAUUCCCGCGCUGCAAGAGUUUAUGGCCGCAGGGGACUAUGUAUACAAGUACGGCAAUGAUGCGUUCGACGAGUUUCUCAAGCUGAACGGGCGCACCUCUAAUCGGCGCACGCUGCUCACCAAGCUCAUCGCCGGCAACCCCGAGACUGGUGCUGAGCCGCUCCCGGAUGCCGAUAUCAGCAUCGAGGUCUCGAACCUAACCUUUGCCGCCGUCGACACCACUGGAAAUACGGGAGCGUAUGCCCUCUACCGCCUGGCUUGCCACCCAGACUGGCAAAGCAAACUACAGGCCGAGAUACGGGACUCGAGCGCCAGGAAAACUGACUUUGCUUAUAUCACUCUGCAAACGCUCCCCAUCUUGAAUGGCGUUAUCAUGGAGACGUUGAGACUUCACCCGGCCCAACCCGAGCGGCCCCGCGACCCAGCCUACUUCCCCGAUCCGGACCAGUUCAACCCAGGCCGCUGGAUCAACGCCGACGGCACCAUCAACCCGGGGACCCCCGAGCUGCAGGACAUGAUGCUGGUCUGGGGCAAGGGCCCGCGCACGUGUGCCGGCCAGUACAUGGCCACCAUGGAGCUGAAGAUCCUGCUGGCUCGGCUGAUGGAUCGGUUUGGGGUCGCCCUGCAGGGGGAGAGGACGCAUGCGGAUAUGGAGAUGACGGAUCAUUUUGUGCUGAUUCCGAAGGGGCAUUGUUGCGGUUUGGUUUUUACUGAGGAUUAA